CAUAACACCACCCCAUGGGGUGGACGCAUUCUGCAGUCAGCUCGGAAGGCCGAUUGUUCGGGACCACGGUCCGUACCAGGUCUCUGCCUGCUGAGCCUCUCGCAGAUGGAGCUGCUGGGGGAGACGAGGACGAUGGCGAGGAUAAGUCAUCGUCUACUAGAGACACAUGGCAACUGGCCGUUCCGCGGCGCUGGUAGUAUCCGGAUGUUCCGCAGGUCCUGUAGCUGAGAAUAUUGUGUGGAGGUCGCAUUACUUAUACUUCCAACAAUAGUGGCUGCUCAUGGUCCAGUUCCUACCAUCUCUUUAGUGUUGUGACAUACACAUCUGUACACGGUCCCGCGAGACGAGGAUGACCGCCAUGACUGUCCUGGAGAGAGUGAGGUCUAUCCCUUUGAAUGGGACCACGAUCCUCGCCGUUCUCGCCUUGCUCUCUGCUGCUGCAUUCGUCUACCUAGUUUUCACCUUCGUCUACAACCUUUACUUUCACCCCCUAGCCCGUUUCCCUGGACCGCUCUUAUGGCGUGCGACACGCCUCAUGUAUGUGAUUCGCAUGAAUCAAGGCGAACUAGCAUUUGAUGUUCUUGGCCUACAUGAGAAAUACGGUUCUAUUGUUCGCAUCGCCCCUAAUGAGCUCUCUUUUCAGGAACCCCAGGCGUGGAAAGACAUCUACGGCCACCGGACCGGCUCCGCUCAUGGCGCUGAGGAGAUGGAUAAAUACCAUACCUUCUAUCGCACCAAGGGUGAGGUCCUGAGUAUCAGCUCCGGCGACAGAGAAUACCACGGGCGCCUGCGGCGGCAAUUGGCCCACGGUUUCAGUGAGCGCGCUCUGCGCGAGCAGGAGACCAUCAUCGGUAGCUACGCUGAACUCCUCAUCAAGCGGCUCAACGAAGCGCGCCUUGAUCCCGACAAAGUUGAUCCCGUUACGGGGGAACCCGCCAAGCGCGCACUCGAUAUUAAGGAGUGGUACAACUGGACUACUUUCGACGUCAUUGGCGAUCUUACCUUCGGCGCUCCGUUUGGCAGUCUGGAGAGGGCUAAGUCAGACCCCUGGGUGGAGGCGAUUAACGGCUCUAUUCGCUUCCUCGGCAUCAUCAACGGCGUCAAGCACAUGGGCUUGGAAAGCGCAUUCAUCUGGCUCGUCAAGCUGCUGAACACAAGCCGAUCUGAGCACGACAGGAAAAUGAUGGAUAGACUUCACCGCCGGGUUGAGAUGAAAAUGGAACGCCCCGAUAUUAUCGAAGGUCUGUUGAAGAAGAAAGACGAAUGGGGACUUAGCAUGCAUCACCUCCAGGCCAACAGUAGCAGUGUCCUCAUUGCUGGCUCAGAGACAACCUCUAGCAUGCUGAGCGGCGUCACGUAUCUCUUGCUUAGAAAUCCAGAGGCUCUGCGAAAAGUAACCGAGGAAGUCCGAAGCUCGUUCAGGUCAGAAGAAGAUAUCACGCUCACUUCAGUAAGCUGCUUGACGUACAUGUUGGCUUGCCUGAACGAGGCUCUCCGUUCCUACCCCCCUGUACCAUUCGGUAUGCCUAGACAGGUUCCGAAGGGGGGCGGGACGAUUCUUGGGGAGUUCAUUCCUGAGGAUACUGUCGUCGCCGUCUGGCAUUGGGCUUCGUAUCAUAGCUCUAAACACUUCACCAAGCCGUUCGAGUACCACCCCGAACGAUUUCUUGGUGACCCAGAAUUUUCCAAGGACGGUUUCGACAUGCUGCAGCCUUUCUCUCAAGGGCCUCGCAACUGCAUCGGAAGACACCUGGCUUAUGCGGAAAUGAGAUUGGUUCUUGCCCGCAUGCUCUGGAACUUCGACAUCUCUUUAGUCGGUGGUGAGGCCAACGAGCGAUGGAUCCACCACAAGUCUUACGUUCUGUGGGAUAAGCCCCCGUUGUAUGUUUAUUUGACCCCGAAGCCCAAGUAAAAGAGCUGUACUCCUCGGAAUAUGUAUAGUAGAUUGAAGGUGUUUAUGGGUAUAUAGAGCUUGUUAAGCUAGACGGACAGCUGCCCGGGGAGCCUCAGAAGCUGCCAAACCGAGGCCAUGUUACC